GGGCUCUGCAUCUUAUUACCAACAAGGGACAUUUCUCCAUUUUGCAGCCCGUCUACAUCGAGACGGCCACCAAUCUGGGAUUUUAUUUCUUCUGCUCACUCAGCCAGCUUUCCCCCUGCUUCACUGAAAUUCCUCUCUACUCUCACUGGAUUCUGCUCAUCAUUUUCCCCUAAACUUUUUUUUCCCUGCAAAAAAAAAAAAAAAAGAACAGAAAUAGAGGGGGGACCGAGAGCAUUUGAACAAAGAAGCUUGUGGGUCUUUGUUCGGGCUUUUUUUUUUUUUUGGAUCGGUUGGGUUUCUUUGUUGGAGCGAUAAAGAAUGGGAGCGCAACUGACUAAGACAGCUGGAAACGCUGAAACUGUGGCUGAAAAGCCAGGAGAGGCUGCUGCUUCCCCCAGCAAGAUCAACGGACAGGAAAAUGGGCAUGUCAAAGCAAACGGAGAUGCCUCUCCUGCUGCAGCUGAGAAUGGCAAGGAAGAGGUGCAGGCCAAUGGCAGCGCAGCUGCUGAGGAGAGCCCCAAAGAAGAGGGGGAGAAAGCCGAAGUCGCCCCAGCUGAGAAGGAGGCUGCAGAUGAGGAGAAAGUAGAGGCGGUCUCUCCAGCUCCUCCUGAAGGAGAAGCUGCAGCCAAGGCAGAGGGUGGAGCAACGCCCUCUACCAGCAAUGAGACCCCCAAGAAGAAAAAGAAAAAGUUUUCCUUCAAGAAGUCUUUUAAACUUAGUGGCUUUUCCUUCAAGAAGACCAAGAAGGAAACGGGCAAUGAAGCUGAGAAUCCAGAGGCAACAGUAGAGUCGGCAGGACCUGCCGAGGAAGCCAAGGCCGAUGGCAAGGAGGAGCCGGCAGCUGCCACUGACGACGCAAAGCCUGCGGAGGGGGAGGUGACCCCUGCUGCAGAGCAGGUCAAGGAGGACCCAGAGAAGAAGCCAGAGGAGGGGGCAGUGGAGGCAACAGAAGCAGAAAAACCCACCGAGGAGGCUGCAGCCCCGGAGGAGCCAAAGGCAGAGGAGAAACCAGCCGAGGCACCUGCAGUGGCAGAGGAGGUGCCCAAGGCAGAAGAGGCCACACAGGAGGCAGCACCAGCAGAUACCCCAGCUGCUGCCCCGGAGGCUUCUGAGUAACACAGCAGAGAGGAGGGAAAAAUCUGAAACAAAGAUAAUCAAAGAACAUUCCCUGUUUGUGCGUUGGAGUGUUGCCACAUGCUGGCUUCGAAGAACUUGCAACCAGGGAGAUUUUAAAGCUUUCUUAAGAUUUCAGUUUUAGUUUCCAAUAACCCCCCCCCCCCCACCCUACCCCUAUACAAAACCCACCUCAGUCCACUGAUACAACCAGGUGGGUGGCUUCAGUACAACUGAUCCAUGCUCUGCCAUAUUUUUUUACAUCAGUAUUACCUUUAUUUGGUUUGUUUCUUAUUAUUUUUAUACAAAAUGUAAACAAAAAUAGUAAUGGACUCGCCCAAGGUAUGAAGAUGUGGGGAUUGAGUUGUAAAUGAAGGGUGGGCUGGGGGUGAGUUCAGGGAGCCUGGGAAAUGUGCCACUGACUAUUAUACAAUGAGUAACUUUUAAGAAAAAAAUUGGGACCAACAUUUAAAAACUCCACUCGGUUUACAACACUAAGACUUUUCCUUUUACAAGAUUCCCAAUCCCAGAGAUAGAUUUUUAGGACCUGAUAUAAACUCAUAGGAGCUUUUCACUUCUCAUUAGCUGUACCAGUCAGUGAUUCAGUAGGGAUACAAGUUGUAUAGGCUUUAUUGUUAAUUGUUGGUAUAAUAAACAUGUAAGUAUGUAUAGGCGGGGUGUUUUUAACUGUGAUUAUUGUACAAAAGAAAAUCUUGAUCUCAUGAAGCACAUAAGGGUUUGCAGCUCUCUUUUUCCACCUCCUCAUUUUUGUAAGAUACCAACGAACACAUGCACAAACAGGAGACAUACUGAUCUAUUUUCAAAACAUUUUAAACUAAAAAAGACAAGCUGUGAUGAGUGGUAACCGUUUCUAUACUGUGGUAUGUUGUAUUCCAGCAAACAGCUCCUUUUCCAGUGGUUUUUCAACUUCGAUUUAUUGACCUUACCUGAUGCAAAUGUUUGUGUAGCAUCUUGUCUCUCUUAUCUACUUUUUAUUCUUUUGUAAAUACUGGAGACGCUUCGACUUUGACUUAGAGAUGGAAUGUAACUUUGCCUACUCGACAGUUGCUAUUAAAACCCUCCUGCUUAAGGUGUUCUGACUUUCUGUGAGCACACUAAAAGCAAAAAUAAAUGUGAAGAAAACAUGA